AUGUCUGAACUCAUGCCCCCAAUUCCUCGUAUCUUCUUCACCUACAUCGAACCACUCCUCUGCCUCUUCAGCGCCCUCCGGCCCCUCCUCAACCCUUCGUCCAUCACCGCGCCGCUCACCCCCAGCCCGCGCGAGCCAACCCCGACAGAAACCCUGUGGGCGCUGCAAAACGCCGUGCUGCUCUUCGAGUUUGCCCUGCUCACAUGGGUGAUCAUGUCGUGA